ACUUGAAUCCCGAAUUGCCUGCGAAGAUGUCGGCCGUUGAAAGCUCGCUGCCCGCCCCUGGCACGGACGCCGUCGUCGCGCCCGCGGCCCCCGAGGACGUCGCCAGCAUGUUCAACCUCUCGAAGACGAAGAAGAAGAAGAAGAAGAAGAACGACACCGAGGCCGAGGACGCGGUGGCUACGUCGACGGAGGCGGCGCCGGCGGUCGUGGACGCGAGCAUUGAAGACCCCGCGAGCUACACGUACGAGGAGAUGCUGGACCGCGUCAUGAACAAGCUCCACGAACUCAACCCGGAGCUGAGCAACCGCACGAAGCACACGAUGAAGCCGCCGCAGCUCAUGCGCGUGGGCACGAAGAAGACGCUGUGGGUCAACUUUCAGGAGAUUUGUAAGAUGAUGCACCGCAACCCGGAGCACGUGCUUCAGUUUACGCUCUCGGAACUCGGUACGGAAGGCUCGAUCGACGGCUCGCAGCGCCUCGUCAUCCGCGGUCGGUAUGUGCCCAAGUACAUUGAGUCGCUCCUGCGCAAAUACAUCACCGAGUACGUCACGUGCCAAAUGUGCCGCAGCCCCAACACGACGCUCACGCGCGACAACGUCUCGCGCCUCCACUUUGUCCACUGCCAAGAGUGCGGCUCGAGCCGCUCCGUCGCGGCCAUCCGCUCGGGUUUCCACGCGGCGACGCGCGCCGACCGUCGUGCGGCCCGAAAGUAAGCCCACCCCUAGACUUGACACUGUCGAAAUACCUCUGGUGGACGGACCCGUGUCGUUUAAUAUAGCCGCUGUAAACACAA